GCAGUGGGAGAGACCGAGGAGGCUGGACCCGGCGGAGGCUGCGGCGGGGGCAGACUCCAUCCCCUACCCGGUUCCCCGACGCCCUGCCCUAGAUUUUCUGCGUAGCGGCUUCGCGUCAUCCCUCCUUUGCUUCUCGUAGGAGUCGCAAUCCCAGCAGCAACAGCUCGGAAGAGGACGCGGUUCCCGCACCGGAGGCUUCAGCACCAGUACCCCGUUCAUCAGGCGGCGGGAUGUCUGUGGUUGGCAUUGACCUCGGCUUUCUCAACUGCUACAUCGCAGUAGCGAGGAGUGGCGGCAUCGAGACCAUCGCCAAUGAGUACAGCGACAGAUGCACACCGGCCUGUAUAUCUUUGGGAUCCAGAACUAGAGCCAUAGGAAAUGCAGCCAAAAGCCAGAUUGUCACAAAUGUAAGAAAUACAAUUCAUGGAUUCAAAAAGCUUCAUGGGCGAUCAUUUGAUGAUCCUAUUGUGCAAACUGAAAGGAUCAGGCUUCCUUAUGAGUUGCAGAAGAUGCCUAAUGGAAGUGCAGGAGUUAAGGUGCGGUACUUGGAAGAAGAGAGACCUUUUGCAAUUGAACAAGUUACUGGAAUGCUAUUGGCCAAGCUUAAAGAGACUUCAGAAAAUGCUUUGAAGAAACCAGUGGCUGACUGUGUGAUUUCAAUUCCUAGCUUUUUCACUGAUGCUGAGAGAAGAUCUGUGAUGGCCGCAGCCCAGGUUGCAGGCUUAAAUUGUUUAAGGCUGAUGAAUGAAACUACUGCAGUUGCGCUAGCAUAUGGAAUUUAUAAACAAGAUCUUCCCCCUUUAGAUGAGAAACCAAGAAAUGUAGUAUUUAUCGAUAUGGGGCAUUCUGCCUACCAGGUCUCAGUUUGUGCUUUUAACAAAGGAAAACUUAAGGUCUUGGCUACUACCUUUGAUCCAUAUUUGGGUGGCAGGAACUUUGAUGAGGCUUUAGUAGACUACUUCUGUGAUGAGUUCAAGACCAAAUAUAAGAUAAACGUGAAAGAAAACUCUCGGGCCUUGUUGCGCUUAUAUCAGGAAUGUGAAAAAUUAAAGAAGCUAAUGAGUGCAAAUGCAUCAGAUCUUCCAUUGAACAUCGAGUGUUUCAUGAAUGACCUUGAUGUUUCUAGUAAAAUGAACAGGGCUCAGUUUGAACAAUUAUGUGCUUCCCUCCUGGCCAGAGUUGAACCACCUUUAAAAGCAGUAAUGGAGCAAGCUAACUUACAAUGUGGAGAUAUAAGUAGUAUAGAAAUUGUAGGAGGAGCAACACGGAUUCCUGCAGUAAAGGAACAAAUCACUAAAUUCUUUCUUAAAGACAUAAGUACCACACUAAAUGCUGAUGAAGCUGUUGCAAGAGGGUGUGCCUUACAGUGUGCGAUUCUUUCGCCAGCAUUUAAAGUGCGUGAAUUUUCCAUAACAGACCUUAUUCCUUAUUCAAUCACGUUAAGGUGGAAGACCUCUUUUGAAGAUGGAACUGGGGAAUGUGAAGUAUUCUGUAAGAACCACCCUGCCCCGUUCUCAAAAGUCAUUACUUUCCACAAGAAGGAACCAUUUGAACUAGAAGCAUUUUACACUAAUCCACAUGAAGUGCCUUACCCUGAUCCAAGAAUUGGGAGCUUCACUAUUCAGAAUGUUUUUCCACAGUCUGAUGGUGAUAAUUCCAAAGUGAAGGUAAAAGUUCGUGUUAAUAUCCACGGAAUCUUCAGCGUGGCUAGUGCAUCAGUAAUUGAAAAGCAGAACUUGGAAGGGGAUCACAGUGAUGCUCCUAUGGAGACAGAAGCUUCCUUUAAGAAUGAAUGCAGAGAUGAUGUGGAUAAAAUGCAGGUUGACCAAGAAGAAGGAGGUCAUCCAAAAUGUCAUGCUGAACACACCCCAGAAGAAGAAAUUGAUCAUACAGGCGCCAAAGCAAAGUCAGCUUCCUCAGACAAACAAGAGAAGUUAAAUCAGACCGUUAAAAAAGGAAAAGUCAAGAGUAUUGAUUUACCUAUCCAGAGUAGCCUAUGUAGACAACUGGGCCAAGAUCUUCUCAAUAGCUACAUUGAAAAUGAGGGGAAGAUGAUAAUGCAGGAUAAGUUAGAGAAAGAAAGAAAUGAUGCUAAGAAUGCUGUUGAAGAAUAUGUAUAUGAUUUUAGAGACAAGCUGGGCACCGUCUAUGAAAAAUUCAUCACUCCAGAAGACUUGAAUAAACUGUCUGCAAUAUUGGAAGACACAGAAAAUUGGCUUUAUGAAGAAGGAGAGGACCAACCUAAACAAGUUUAUGUGGAUAAGUUACAAGAACUAAAGAAAUAUGGCGAACCUAUUCAAAUGAGAUACAUGGAACAUGAAGAGAGACCAAAAGCUUUAAAUGACUUAGGAAAAAAGAUCCAGCUUGUCAUGAAAGUGAUAGAAGCAUACAGAAACAAGGAUGAAAGAUAUGAUCAUUUGGAUCCUGCUGAAAUGGAAAAAGUUGAAAAAUAUAUUAGUGAAGCCAUGAAUUGGCUGAACAAUAAGAUGAACGCACAGAACAAACUAAGUCUCACUCAAGACCCUGUCGUGAAAGUUUCAGAAAUAGUUGCAAAGUCAAAGGAACUGGAUAAUUUCUGUAACCCUAUCAUUUACAAGCCCAAACCAAAAGUAGAGGUUGCUGAAGACAAAGCAAAAGCUAAUAAUGAACACAAUGGACCAAUGGAUGGACAGAGUGGGACUGAAAUGAAACCAGAUACAACAAAAGAGGGCUCCCAGCAUCCUAAAUCUUCUGGAGAGAUGGAAGUGGACUAAGUCGUAAUUUUUCCUUCACGUAAUUCAAACAGUGCAAGUAACCACAGGGUCCAUGCUUCUUUUACGUCUGGUACACACAACAGAUGUUCAGUUGUUCUUAACCACUUUUUGUCAUUUGUUUUUUGCAGUAGUUUUGAAAAGUGUUUUAUAUUGAAUGCACCUCUGUUCGUUUCCAUUGCUGCUCAUGUGAAGCUUUAGCUUAAGAUAUACAAGUCAGUUUAAGCUUUCCUAAUAUAUUUUAUGUUAAACAUGCCGGACUGAUACGUAGUUGGCAGCAAUCUGCCUUGUUUAAAGCUUCUACUUGGAUAGAUCUCAGCUCCUCCUACAGGGAAGGGUACUGCAUUGCACUGUUAUUGCAGAGCAUAGAAUUAAUUGCAUCAUUAUUUUUGAAAAAAAAAGUUGAUGUGGUUUAAACCACUGAGGCACUGACGUUUUUCUAGUUGCUGUAUUGUUAUAAUUUAAAUAUUAAAACAAGUAAGAGGUUCGCCGACAAAUUAGUCCAUCUCAUUGAUGUAUCAUGAGAAGUCCAAAGCUUUGUUUUCACAUAAAUGAAUUAAAACACAGGUUGAAAGGGAAAACACACAGUUUUUCUGUUAAGGUGAUACCAGCAGUUUGCUUCUUUUAUUAGUAACAUGGUUUGAUAUUUUCUGGGUUAACUCAGUGUUUUUUUCACUUGAAAGUUCUUUUCUGAUCUACUUGUCCUGAAUAACAGCUGCUGCUAAGUAAUGCUAGCCUAAAGAUACAGAGCAUUUUUUUGAUGAAAAUACUUUUCAUGUAAAGGGGACAGUGCUGUUGACCUACUCAGAUACGCGUCUGUGAUGUUGAUAACCUUGUUUUGGUUUUUAUGGUUGUUUAGUUUUCUUGUUGAUUUUGUUAAUAACACAGGUUAGGGAGAAAUGCACAAUGUAUUACAUUAUAUGCAUUUAUCACUGAUUAAUGUUAAGAUAUAAACACUAUUAAAUAAGUGAUCAUACUUGAAAAAGAGCACUUAUACCGUAAAUCUUAGGAAAUAAUGCUUGUAAUAAACUUAACUAUGUUAUAUAUCAACAGGCAAAAUAUAGAAUGUUACAUAGUGUAAUAUGAUGUGAUUAAAUUAUAGUUCCUGCUCUUAUAUUACCUAUUGAAAAACUUGGCUCCAGUUUUGGUGCUUUUUAUAUAAAUUAUAUGGGAAAAGGGACUGUAUAAUUAAGCUAUAUUAAGGACUGGAUCUGUGCUUCACCAGACUUGUUCACAUUGUGCACUUCUGUACAGAGACUUGAAUCGGCGUUUCAGUCUACAAGAGAAAGACGCAUAGACAUGUAAAUGCAGGGGCAUUUGGAUACUUAAUGCCAGUCAAGUAGAUUGAUUGACCUAGGUGGAAAUUUCAAAGGCUUGCUUUUUCCCAAAGCUAAAUCUUUACAUUAAGAGAAAUUAAUGUUGACUUCUCUUACGUAGUGAAAAUUGAGAGUAUGAUAUCUUUAGGGAUAGUCAUUAUUUCUAACAAGUAGUUCUCUAAGAGAGAUUUUUGUGUCUACAAUGUAGUCAGCACUGACGCAAGAGUGUGGAGAGGUGCUUUUUGCAGGGAUUGUUACUCAGCCUUUGGCGAGGAGGUGUCCCAUGUACGUAUUAAAAAAUCACAUAGACCCAAUAUGGUAUUUUUAAGUGUCCUCUAGGCUUUAAACUGUUCUUCUAUUGGUACUCUUAAAAUUAAAUAAUUAUGUCUAUUAGUAUUAUUUUAUGAAAUACAUUUUUUUUAAACAUAUACCCAUUACCUUUCAUUUGUAUGUUGAAUAUAUAGGUUCAUUACAGGAAGAGCAUGAAGGUUAUGAAAGGGAAUAUACACACAGUACAUAUAGGGAGUUUAUAGCUUUAUCUUGAGUUAACAAAACCUCCAUCCACUUUAAGAGCUAUGCCUCAAAAAUUUCUUGGGAAUAAAUGUGGGACCAGCCCUUUCUGAUUCUGAAUCGACUAGUAUAGCCUGACCUUUCCGUUCCUGCUCUCUUAAGUCACUUUAUGUAGUUUUGUGUUUUAGUCAGACGUGUAACAUUCCAGUUCUUGCAGUUAGAUAAUCUUUCAUUUGGUAAAUUAAAGAAUAAUAUGUUUUUCUGUCCAUUUAUUCUACUAGAGGAUAUUUUCAAAAGCUCUUUAGCCUGAUAGUGAUAGUAUAGGAGUUUAUUGAAUAUAUUAAUGAGAGAUGUUAUCCUAAAUACAAUUUUGGGUAGGGUAUUAAUGGUUCUGUUUAAUUUUAAUCUGCAUUGAAAUAUUCAAAGCUAGACAAAAAUUAAAGUUUUUCCAAAAUAAAAAGCCACUAUUUUAGAAAUUAUUUUAAAAGAUAUAUAGCAAAGUAGAAUGUUUUCCUGCAGUAAACAAAUGAGUACGAAGUUUAUAGGAAACAUUUAUCUCCAUGAAACAGUAUAAAUUAUUUUGGCUUCAGAAGCCAACUUUUGAUAGGCAAUUGUUAGUCAUUAUUGUAAAAACAAAGUUUGCUAAAUAGUACAACAAAUGAAAGUACCAGAUAUUUUAAUUCCUUAGCAGUGUACAGAUUCUUAAGUUUUAAAGCAACUAGAAACAGCACACACAGAAUUUCACUAUUGAAAUAACAGAUAAUCUCAGUUUUAAAAGGGGAAUACAGUUUUAUUGAGAGCUCAAGGAGAGUAAUAAAGAUUUUUUAGGUUUUUUUUUGAUCAAUUUUUAGUAUGAUUAUUUCCUAGAUAGAAGUCUUUAUAUUUAAAGUGAAUUUUGGGGUCCAACUGUCAGUGUAAUAAACUGGCAGUAGUAAAGCAUUUUAUCAAAAUUAGCACACCUUUAACUGUUUUGAAAUAUUACCCAUAUUUAAAGAUAGUAGACAUUUGAAUGCAGUGAUCAAAUCAGCUGACUUCUGUUUGACCCUGUAUAGAUGCAAGCAUCCUUCUGUUUUCAUAAAUUUGAAUUAUAAGCUGGUGAACAUUCCCAGUAGGAUUUUCUAUUCUGUUUUUAAAGAUGGGCUUUGGAGUCCCUGAGUGGUACAAACAUUUAACACUCUGGGCUGCUAACCACAAAGUUAGAGGUUCAAGGCCAUCCAGAGGCACCUUGGAAGACCUGGUGAACUUCUUCUCAAAAAUCAGCCAUUGAAAAUGCUGUGGAGCACAGUUCUACUCUAACACCCGUGAGGUCACCAUGAGUUGGCAUGAACUCUAUGGUAUCUGGUUUAUUUAGUAGUAGUCUGCUAUAGUUAAAGCCUUUGCAUAAAUUUACAUAUAUACAUAGUCUUAAAUGGCUAAAAAAAUGACUAGAAAACAUAAUUUCACCCUUCAGAAUUCUAUAGCAAAAAACUCAUGGUAGAUGUUAUUUGGUGGUUAGUUAAACUUUGGAAGUUUGAGUUUUAAGUGGAAUUUGGCUCUAUGAUAAUGAUUUUUUAAAACUUAAUGAGGUAUACUUAACUGUAUUGAUCUAUCAAUAUAAAUUUGGAAGUCUGGUACACUGAUUAAAUAAAGUUAGCCAGCAAUGACUUUUCAAAUGUCAUUAAGUAGGACUGCAUUAUAAAGUUUAAUUCUAAAAUUUUAUUAGCCUCUUACUGCGAUAUGUUUUAGUCCAUUUAGCAAACUAAAUCAUCUUGAAGCAGUCAGUUCCAGAAGAUACUUCUUUAUCAAAAAAAAAUAUAUAUAUCAGGUUUAAAAUUACCUUUUGGUCUAAUUUUAAAACUAUGAUAUGAAGCAUAUAAUCUGAUAAAAAGUAACAAUUAAAAAUUUAAUGCAGACCAAACCAAAGAACAGGGUCUUAAAAAAAAAGUUUUAGCUAUUUUGCUAUCACAUCUCUAAUAAAAUGCACUGAAAAUAUUCUUCCAAUAUGCUCAUAUGUUUCCUAACAAAACAGCUUUGGGUUUGUAAUACUGCCAGAUGUUUUCCUAAAUGAUUUCAGGGUUUUUUUUCCUUCUAAAUUUGGAAGUAAUUACUUAAAACAAUAAAAGGGUACCUUUUUUUUUUUUUUAAUUUUAAGCACCUUAACAAAAUGAAACUGCUUAGAAGACGACUUAAAUGUCUAUGGGAGUGGAUAGUACCUCUAGGUGGUAAUGGCUCUUCAUCUUCUGGGUCCCUAAGGAUACCUCUAGCAUAUUGUUAGAGUAAGUAUUAAAAGGAAAAGCAUAUUUGUUAAAAGUGCAUUUAUACUAAGUGACUUGGAGCUUUCAAGUCAAGGAAAUAAAACUAAUAUUUGAAUCAUGACAUUUGAUUCCAUCUGUUAGGGAGCUCAACAAAAUCCAUAACCAAAAAAAUUAGUAGUAUGAUACUUGCUUUGGAAUCUCUAAUUUACUGUUAUGCCCUAAAUCACAGGAUGAUUAUUAGGGGAAUGUAUUGAUUUCUAAAAAGUAUUCACUAUAUAAAGAGAUCAGCAAAAUUUAAUGUGUUCUAGUUUAAUUGCAUUACAGCACAUGACUUAUUAACGGAUCUUAGGCUUUCAGACUAUCUGGCUUUAUCUGUCCUCUUAACUAGUUCGAGACUCUUAAAUGACUAUUGUGUUUUUCCCAAGUAUAUUUUUCUUUUUUUAUUUUAGAUUGUCCUUUAGCUCUUUUAUUUCAUAGCUUCAUAAAAAGUUUUAUUGGUAUUCUGUCAUUUUGUUAGCUAAUUUUAUUACCUUUGUCUCCUUUUUAUUUUAUACCAAGUCUUACUGUUAAGAAUCUUUUGGCUCUAAGCUCAUACUUGAUAAGCCAUGUUAUAGGUUUCCAUACAUAGUAUCUCCAAAGUUUAAUAGUAACAUGCGUAGAUUUUUCACAUUCUAGCCUUAGAAUACUUUCAAGGAAGUUUUGGACCAAAAGAGGUCAAUUUUGUGAGUAUUGUGUAUUAAGUAAACAGCAUCCCUCAUUUUUAAUCCAGAUAUCAAUGUAACAAAAUAACAAAGGUCACAGCUCAUUCAAAAUAAUUUGUUAAAGAUUAGACACCUUUAAUCCUUUGCUGCUUUCUGAUUACAUUGUGUGUUAUGCAUCGUCCUUGUUUUUCUAGUCUUAGAGUUUAAUUUUUUUCUUCUGAGGACUUGAAUUAAAGUACUCUUGAAAUCAUUUAGACCCACCCAGGCUGUAGAUGUUAAAAUGUAAUUAGAAUUGGAAAUCUAGGUAAAAGAAGCUUCAAAGUGUUAUAUUUUUUUCCCCCCCGAAAUAAAUUUUUAUGGCUUAGUGUCUUGGAAGGAGACUCACAUUAAAAGUGGCUACCUUUUAUAUUUGAUAGAAUGAAGCCAUUGUUGUUGAAUACCACAGUAUAUCGAAGCAAUUUUUUAAUGAAUUUACCAAGUCAUUUAGUAUUAAUAAUAGGUGACAUUAAAGUUAUUUUUUCUUUUCUCCAUAUUAAAAUAAUUUAUGGACAUAGUGACUCUACUUUGCCUCCAGUCAUUAGCAUAAAGUAAAUUCUUGGCAGCUUAGUUCCUACUAGCUAAUAAUUUCUCUUUUUUCAAGAAAAUUUUAAUACAUUGGAUUUCUCAGUUUCCUGAUUUGCUUUCAGUAUAAUUGUGACCAAUGCUAUGCAGAAAAUCGUGUGUGAUGUGUCUAUAAAACUAAUUAAUGGAGCUUUGCAUGUAGUAGACCUUUAGCUUCAACAAGCAGACAUGAGAAUGGUUUGUAAAGUUAAGUAGGUAACGUUCUAGGAGUAUAUAUAUGGCAUACAUACAGUUUUGGUUCACAAAUAUAUCCAUAAAAAUGUUUACAUAUGGUAGUAUCAAAGUAUAUAAAACAUUUCCUAUGUGUGUAAAUUGCAGUCUUCAUACUAGUGCACCAAAUAAGUAGCAAUUGAUAAUAAAUGUGAUUAUUUUUGGAUGGCAGUGCACAUUGUCAAGUUAUGCAAUUAUAAUAAAUAUAUAUCUACCAUAUAUCUACCUAUUCCUUUGAACCAUGAGUUUUGCACACCUGGGGUUUAAUUGUUGCAUAUUGACCUUCACUUAUAGGAGGAUAGUCUUUGGACAGGUCAUCAGGGUCAUUUACAGAAAUUUACAUAGCAAUGAGAGUUUUUGAUUAAAUUAGCAAAUUUUUGAAAACUUCAGAUCCUGUUGAUUCUAAAAUAGUAGUUUGCUAAUGUUGGGAGUAAUUUAGUGUUAUAUUGGAAGAGAAAACUUAGGAAUAAAUGAAUUUGAAGACUCUAGGUAUUCUCAGCAGGUAUAGGGGCGCUAACGCCUCCUCUGCGAAUUGGUGUUCCUUACGGAAAAGUGUCUUACAGCUUAGUGUGUUGGGUAAGAAAAUGAAGUCCACUGGUCAAGAUUAGAGCAUUGGUGGUUCAUCUUCUAGGGGUUGGAAAAUUUGUGAAAUUUGAAGGAUAUGGACCCUCAAUUCAGAAAAAUGUUUUAUACCCCUAUGCAUAUGAAAUUUUGCAUAUAAUUUUAACUGUGUAUUUUAAGAACUUCCACUUUAAACUUUCCAGUGAAAUGCAAAUGAAUACUUCUGAAGUUUAGAGGGCUGACCAACUGGCAGUUCACUCCUAUUUGGCUCCUCCUGAGUGUGGGAGAAUUGGAAAGGGUUUGUUUUGUUAAGUACGAAUGUUUUAAGUAAAAAAAACCUCUAUCCCUAGUAGUUCAAAAGGAAAGAGGUAAGGAAGGAAUGUCUUUUAGUUUUAAGUACCUCCCAAUACUGUAUCCUCAAUAUUUUCACCUUUUUUGAAGAUGAAGAUACAGGCUCAAAAUGGUUUAUAUAACCUGCAAAUGCCAGAAAGGAAUUUUAAUCUAUUGUGUCCAAUAGCAUUGCCUUUUUCCACUGUUAAACUUGACUUCCUAUCUAACCUCCUGUGGUGAUAAAGCAGUAUAAACCUGGAAGGUUUUUUGUGUUUUAGAGAUAGCAAGGAUCAGAGUAAUUUAUGAGAAGAUAACUGGGAAAGAAACAACAUGGAAUAAAAUGAAUCAUGUUGCAGUCAAAAAAAAAAUGAAAUCUAAAUACUAAUAAAUAUAAAUGUCCUGAACUUGUCAGUUUGAAGACCAUCUAUAUGUGGUAUUUACAAAGAGAUACCUUGACAAAAUGACUUAACAGUUGAAAGCAAAUAGAUGGAAAAAGAUUACUAAGAAAAUGACAGAAGAAAGUUCUGACACCAACAAUAACCAAAAAAUGAGUGUGUGGUCAUAUAUGGAUGUGUAUAGGCAUAUAUGUAUCUGGGUAGAUGCACCUAUAUAUAUACACAGAAGUGUACACAUACAUACAGAUAUGUGUGUGCACACAUGUAUAUUCAGAGGACACAAUUACAAAUACUUCUCAGACAUAACCAAACACCUUGCAAGUUUGGUUUUCGGGGUUUGAAGGCUUAGGACUUUGGUCUCAUGAGACAACUCAAAUCAGUUGGCAUAAUAUAGUAAUAUAGUUCACAGAGUUCAUGUUCUGCGUUCUUCUGAGGUGAGUAGCAUCUGGAGUCUUAAAGCUUGCAAGUAGCCAUCUAAGAUACAACUGGUGGUAUCUACUUACCAGGAGCAAAGGAAACCAAAAUCUCAGAGAAGAAACUAGUCUCCAAGGCUAACAGGCUCCACGAGCCAAUGCUUCAUCUACCCUGAGACCAGAACUAGAUGGUGCUUGGCUACCACUACCGACUGCUCUAUCUAAUCAGGGCCACAACAGAUGAACUCUGAUAUAAUGGAAGAAAACUGUAGAACAGAACCGAAAAGUCUUAAGUCUGGACUAAGAUUUGAGAGUCUCCAAGACUAUCAUUCUGAGAUACUCUUUAAACCGAAACGAUCCCAAGGUCGGAAACGCUGGUGGUAUCAGUGGUUAAGUGCUAUGGCUGCUAACCAAUAGGUCGGCAGUUCGGAUUCACCAGGCGCUCCUUGGAAACUCUAUGGGGCGAUUCUACUCUGUCCUAUAGGGUCGCUAUGAGUUGGAAUCAACAGCAGUGGGUUUGGUUUGGUUUUAUCCCAAGGUAACCUUUUAGCAAAAUAUCAGAUUGGCACACAAAAUAAAGAAUAUUACCCAUCAUUUUAAAAAAUCUAUGAGACAAAAGGUCAACAGUUACUCCAAAGCAAAGAUGAGAAGGGGCAGGGAAACUAGAGCACUGGAAAGGGAAUAACCAGAACGCAAUUAAAGGGAGAGUUGACACACUUGUGAAAAAUGUAUCAUUGAACAACUUGUAUAGAAACUGUUAAGUGGGAACCUAAUUUGCUGUGUCAACUUUCUCAGAAAACAAUAAAAUCCUCUAAAAAUGAAUUGUCAAAAAAUGUAGCAAGAAGUUUCAAAAGUGUUAAUCAGGUAAAACUGAUUUUAAGGUAAAAAAAAAAAAAAGUGGUGUUGGGAUAAAAAUUGAACUUUGAUAAUGACAGAAGCAACUUACCAGGAAUGUACCAACCCUGAAAACAGCAGCUUCAAAAUAUAUAAAGCAGUUGCCAAUUAACAAAAGUUGAGACCCACAGUAACAGUGAUAAUUGAUGGUAGUCAAUAGACAUAGAAGAAUUGAACACAAUGUGAAAUGCUGAACGUAAUGGACUUAUAUAAACUCUGUCACUAAACUAUUACGGAAAACUCAAGUACACGUGGAAUCUUUGCAAAAAUUGGAAUUGUCAUAGACCACAAGGCAAAUCUCAACAAAUACCGAAGACUAUCAUUCAGGUUUUCAUAACACAGUGCAAUAAAAUUAGAAAGCACCUGUGAAGAUAGGUUCCUAAAAAAGGAAUUCCAUAUGCCCAUAUACUUGAAAUAGUUAACUUCUAGAAAUGUUAAAUCAUGUUUAAAAUUAGAAAAUGCUUCCAAUUGAAUGACAAUGAAUAUAAACUUACUUAAAAUUGCAAGUGCACUCUUUAAAUCUGGAUCCAUUGUCAAUCUAUCCACAUGGCACUUGUUUGUGUAUCUGUGUGUGUGUCUAUGUAACGUCUGUGUUCAUUUUGAAGCAUUUGUCUCUUACCCCCUAGAAUGUGAGCUCUAUAAGAGCAGAGAUUUUUGUCUUUGUUCCCAGGCACCUGGAAUAUAAGAGCUCAACAAAUUUUAAAUGAAACUGCAUAUAAAAGAUGGUGGGAUGCAGCUGAAGCACUAUUUUUGAAACUUAUAUGCUAAUGAAUAUACCAAAAUUGAAGAUUUAAUAACAAUCCAAGUGAAGAAAGUAGAAUAGCAAAUAAGCCUAAAGAAACAAAGUGGAAAUUAAUAGAAAAUGAAAGGAUCAAUAAAUACUGAAAAUGAUGUUUUUUUAAUAGCCUCCAGCAAAGUUGAUCAAGGAAAACAAGAAACAAUCAUUAAAGAAAUUGAUUUUGCAGUUUAAAAAAUUUACCCAUAAAAAGUACACCAGGCCCAGACAGGCUUACAAGCAAAUACUCUAGGAAUAAAUAAGUCCCUUUUUUUUUUUUUUUAAGUAUAAUGUCUCAAAAAUUAGAAAAAUAUUUCCCACCUCCUUCUGUUAAAGCCAGUUUCACAGGAUAACUUUGAUACCAAACCAGAAAAAAAGGUAUGAGUAACAAAAGUACUCUUCCAAACUCAUUCAUGAACAAAUUAUCACGCAACAAAUUAUAAAUCUUGCAAAUAUUAGCAAGCGGAAUUCACAUAAGUACAUAUAUACAUAUACUGUCAAAUUAGUUUUUCUCGAGAAUGUAAGGGUAGUUUCACGCUAGAAAAUGUAUUAUUCCCCAUGUUAUCAGAUUAAGGAAGGAAAACACAUGAUUAACAGAGGGGACCUCUGGAUGAUGCAAACGGUUAGUGUGCUCUGCUGCUACCUCAGCUCGGCGAUUCGAGUCACCCAGAAGUGUCUCAGAAGAAAGCCUGGCUGUGUACUUCGUUGCCACUGAAAACCGUGGAGCCCAGUUCUACUCUGACACACACGCAACCGCCGUGAGUCGGAGUUGGCUGAUGGCAUCUGGUAUUUUAACAAAUGCUGAAAGGGAUUUUAUUGAUUACUUACCUAUGAUUAAAGAAGUAAUCUUGCACUACUGUUAAGUCGAAGUCCCUGACAUUUCUCACUUAGAUACUGCAGUAUUACUAAGAAAGGGUCUUCCUGAUGUCUAUUCCCAACAGAAUUCAAAGUGAUCCUUUUAAAACUUGGAUAAAAUCAUGUCACUGUUCUGAUCGCAACACUCCAUGGCUCUCCAUAGUCCUCAAAAGUACUUAUCAUGGCUUAGACGGUGUCUACGUGAUAUGUACCAGUAACUCUUUUCACCUCAUUUUUCACUACUUCCCCCCACAAGGCUCCAACACAAUGGCCUCCUUCUGAUUUAAGAGCUUUGUAAAAAAUCAUUAAAAACUGCCAGAGAACAAAGACGAUUACCAAACAAAGCAACAAGACUAAUGCUGAAUUUUAAACAGAAACGAUGGGAUCCAAAAGGAAUGAAAUCUUUAAAGUAGUGAAGGAAAAAACUACCAUCCUAGAUUUCUACGUUGUUGUUAGCUGCCGCUGAGUAAGCCCCAAUUGACAACGACCCCAUGUGUUACAGCAGAACUGUGCCAUACGGGUUUUUUUUUUG